UGGUAAUUUAAAUUUGGCAUUUGUCAGAAUUUGGUAAACAAAAAACAUGAAAUUUUUGAACAUAACAUUCUUUCCUACCGAAAAUUAUUAAAAAUUAUGAGCAAAAUCUUUGAAGACGAUUUAGGUGUAUACAUUUCACAUGCCGAUUUUAUCAAUAAUAUCUACAAAUCAAUUAUAAAUAAUUCUGCAUGUUGCAUAAAUCCAGAUUUAUUUAAAAUUUUCGCAAAAUACAAAACUAGUAAAGUGAAAUCAAAACGAUUGAAGCCAAAGUUUGAAAUAAAUAUGAAUUAUAAUAAUGAAGAACAAAGUGAAGUUAAAUUAAAAUUUUAUAAGUUCAUCCAAAAUAAUCUUAGGACACAAAGUGAUAAUAUUGAUAUUUUGAACAAUAAUGAGGCGAUCAAAGCUGCAGAUAAAAUUCAGAAGAAUUUAUCAAACAGUAUUUUAGAGUUGAUCGGAAGUAACUUAGGACCUGCUGUAGUGAAAGAAAUAAACGGAUCGAACUAUCUUUUUCCGCAAAAUUCGACGUUCUUCUCGAAAGAUGUUUCCGAAAUGUAUAAACAUUUGGGAAAUAAGCGGUUUGAUCUCAUUUUACUGGAUCCUCCAUGGUGGAACAAGUACAUCCGUAGAAAGCGGAAAGUUUCAUCAGAUGCUUAUAAUAUGAUGUACAAUCAUGAUUUGAUGAAUCUACCUGUAAACAGUUUAUUAACAGAUGAUGGUCUUGUUGCUGUAUGGUGUACAAAUUCUGAACAAAAUUAUAACUCAUUAUUAAAUGACAUAUUUCCUAAUUGGAAUGUAACUUUUGUGGCUAAAUGGUAUUGGGUGAAAGUCACUACGAAAUUCGAACCAGUUUGCAAUUUUUCUGAACCACCAGGUAAACAACCGUACGAAAAAUUAAUUUUCGCUCAUCGCAAGCGUUCCUUACCUUCGCCUAUCGAUGGAAAAUUGCUAGUUAGCGUUCCUAGCGCAAUACAUUCCCAUAAGCCGCCACUCGUUGACAUAUUGAAAGACUUUCUACCCGAGAAUCCGGAAUGCUUGGAAAUAUUCGCCAGAUAUCUGUUACCAGGUUGGACGAGUUAUGGUAAUGAAGUUCUAAAGUUACAGCACCAAUGUCUGUUUAGUUGAUAUAAAAAUCAACUAACAAAUAAAGAAAAUAACUGGUUCAUAGAUGUUUUCAUAGACAUAUUGUCGUUGCAAGGUCAUUGCAAGAGCUUUUGCCAUCUAUCAGUUUACAGAGCAAUGAAAUUAUUUAUUAGAAAAGAAGAAAUAAGAAAAGAAAAUCUUUAAUUUUAGCAAAAAUAAUGUACACUCACCGCAGAAUUAACCGCCCACCCAAUUAUUUUUAUAAAAAGUUCAAAAUUUUCAAAAACUGUUUUUCUUUUAUUUUCUAAAAUUAAACAAAAACUUUCAUUUGAUUGGUAUUUGUUUACUUUUUCAAGAUGUACUUAGACAUUAAAAAGUAAAAAAAAAAUCAAAAUUAAAAAUAUCUCCAACUAAAUAACAAAACAUUGGGUGGGCGGUUGAUUCUGCCGGUGAGUGUAUUUGUUAGGAUUUAGGAUUGAAAAAUGAUAAAGAUUUAUAUAAAAUACAG